AUGAUGACACGGUUUAUGACCAUCCUAUCGCUCGUGACCUUCCUGGUAAUAGGUCUUGGAAAUCCCGCAAAGGCUGAUUGCACUGGAUGCACCGACAACGGAUGCACUUGCAUUGGAUCCAUUGGUCAGGGCUGUGAUCAGUCAAAUUGCACCAUUGCGGCAAGAUGUGAUGCAGGUGGAUGCAAUCAAGACGGUACAAUGAACCCAGACUGCUGUUUCGGAUAUUGUUCUCAAGUCAACGCAACGGGACCAACUUGUAUUGCCGGCCACUGCAAUCAAGACGGUGCCACAAAUGGCCCUGUGUGUACUGGUGGGGAUUGUUCUCAAGUGGGCGCGGAAAAUCCUGUUUGCACAGGUGGAAAGUGCGAUCAGAGCAAUUCGGUUUCGCCCAUGUGCACGGGUGGUAGCUGUACUCAGACAAAUGCUCGUGGUGAAGCAGACUGUGUUAGGGGAUCGUGCAACACUGCUGGAGCAGAAACUGUCAGUUGUCUCGGUGGCAGCUGUUGCCUAGAUGGAACAGAAACAUCAGUCUCUUGUGUGGGAGAAGGUUGUAAUGCCGAUGCAACGAGUUGUAAUGAAACCGGUUGUGGCGGUUCUCCAUGCGACAGCACCUCGAUGCCAUCCGAUGGGGGACCAGUGCAAUGUUCUCAGGACAGUGGUGUCUCCGUAAAUGCCAAUCAAGCGUUGAAAUUACUCCUGGCACCUAUCUUUCUCAUAGUGAUACUAUGCAAAUAA